CGCGGACAGCAAGCUUGACAAAUACCUAGCCGGACGUGGCAGAAGCGUGGGUAGGGGAAACCGCUCUCUGCGUUGUUUUCUAUUAUUGCAAUCGACACUUGAUCCCCUCCCAACACUAGUAAAAUCGCCGUCCAAACUUCACAAAACUUCGUCUAAGAUGUUGGGACCAAUUCUGCACACCAUCGCGUCGGACCUAGCCGUGUUUCAGGGCGUAGAAAGGGUUCAGAAAUUGGAUUAAAUCGAGGAUUUUAUCGGGAGAAUUGACAACCCCCAGCCACUGCUUUUGUCUGGCUAUGCGGUCUCACUACACAGACUCUACGGAGGGAGCGACACUCAUCCCCGUGUGUGUGGGUGAUUGCGCUGGGGCUCGUCGUCCCGCGUCAGUGCACACGUCGCACACGAACUGACGUCCAAUCCAUACAACGUACGGAUUCGAUCGAUGUCCUGGCACCGAAAAAACAACUGAUUUCGUAGACUGGUUGGAAUAUGGCAACCCAUCCCACAUGUACCAACCCCCCACCAAUCAAUCCCAGCAACCCCAGUGAGUACCAGCUCUACCAGGUCCUGGAGCGGGCCAACCUCCUGGGUUACUUCAGUAACUUCAUCCAGCAGGGCGGUGACGACGUCACCCAGCUGUGCGAAGCAUCCAAUGAGGAGUUCAUGGAGAUCCUGGCCCUGGUUGGCAUGUCCAGCAAGCCCCUGCACAUCCGCCGGUUGCAGAGAGCACUGCAGGAGUGGGCCAAGGAGAACAACGUGCCUUGCCUCCAGACACAGCCCAGCACUGCUCCUCAGCAGCCGCCACUGAACAGCAUGCCUUAUGCUUCGGGGCUGGCAGGCAUGCAGCCCCAGGGCCCAACGGCAAGGUCUGUGGUUACGCAGUGGGGACCUGCUCAUCCGUCCCCCUCUAAUCAGUGGAACACUGGCCAGCCGUUGGCCAGUGAGCACUCGAGCCCUAGUGAUUCUCCCCGACAGACUCCGCCUUACGCUGCUCAGCCGGGCAUGUCAUCACAGCCUUCCAGCCAGGCCCCACAGCAGGCUCUCGGAGGCAAUGGUAAGGUAGGAGCCUCAGGCAUGGACGAGUGCAUGGACCCUCAGAUGCUGAGACGAGUGGCCCAGCGCAUCAUGGCUUCCCACACGCCCUCACCAAUUACCCAGACAAGCCAGAACAGGAAGCUCUUGAGCAGUGUCCAACACAUCAUUGAGAUGCCCCCUGACCACCACCAGCGCCUUGAAGAGAUCCAGAAGUGGGCCCCUAUUUAUGGACGCUUUGAUUCCAAACGCAAAGACGAUAAACCUCUCACAGCCCAUGAGAUCUCUGUGAACGAGGCUGCCAUUCAGCUCUGCUGCAUAGAUCCGUAUCUCCUCGUGCAGAGAGACAAACUCUUCCCCCUAGCCAGACAAGUUGUACGAGAAAGCGGGUACCAGUUUAAGCAUGGACACUCCAGGUCACUCAAGGUCAGCCACAGCAAAAAUGAGGAGGGGGGAGGAAGCAAAGCCAAAAGAGUAAAAGUUGAGUCUGGGACGGGCGCAUACCGAGAUACAGAGGUGACCACGCCAAACCCACGAACUGUUCAAGCAGAGAUUCUGAAGCUGAGAAGAGAGGAGCGCAUGAAUGAGAUUCUGAUGCACUUGAACAGCAUAGCACAGAAGCAGAGCGACAUCAAGGCCAGUAUAGCUGCGGCCCGCUCGGAAGACAACAUCCAGCAGGUGUACGACCUGAAGGUGCAGCUGGAGAAGCUUACCACCCAGCAGCUGCUGCUGAUGACAGAGCAGACCGACUUGAUCAAGAGGCAGCGACGAUCUGACAGAUACUACGUUGCCAAAGCUCGGGCCGAGGAGGAGAACGGUGAUCUUGCCACACCAGAUGACCAGUUGACCGAUCCUGAUCGGGAGGAAGAUAGCAGAGAGCCUUUGCAGGCACUUGCCUCAACGUACUCGGGGUUGCCAGCUGUAGAGGGUGCCCGAGCCCCACUGGACAAACCGGCACCAAAGAAUUCAGGCAACUCUAACUCCAGCCUUGCUCAGACUCUACUCAUUCAGCACACCUUGAUGGACGAGGGACUGCGGGUGGCACAGAACUAUGCUCUUGACGGGCACGAGGGCCCGUCUGCAACACUGUCCGGUGAAAAUGGUCAUGCAAGGGUAAAGGCAGAGAGUUCAGAACUGGACAGCUGCGAGGAGGAGGAGGCAGUCAGCCGGGCAGCUGAGUCCACCAUCACGGCCCUGCUGAGCCUGUCCAACAACAGAAAGCAACAACUUGACGAUCAGAAGUUGAAUAGUUGAAAGCUGUGCCCAGUGUCAUAAAACUACCGAGUGGGAAUCAUAGCUUAGCACAUUUUUGUGCUAAGCAAAAUUCAGCAGGGAACCGGCCUUAGGUUGUGUACCUGGAACGGCAUUUUGGCUGGUAACCCAAUUUUGUUGAGUUGAUAGUUUCUACGCUUAGCAGUUUUUGAAAUUUGCCCCAUUGAACCCGUUGACCCUGAAUAGUUCUCCAACAGUGCUUUCCAUGGGAAAUGAAAAAUAUGCGUGUAUCCUUGGAAAUGUUCCUUUGCUGGGUAGCAGGUGGCAGUCUGACAGCAGCUGUGGUGAACUGGGCACUAGACAUAAGGCAUGUCUUCCGUGGAGCUAUGUUUGGUUUUACUGUUUACUGACAAAAUAACGAGUGCUAUCUUUCUUCAGUGGGGCUAUGUUUUGUUUUGCUGUUCACCAGCAAAAAUAAUGAGUGCUAUCUUUUGCCAAAACUGUUGAUGCACAAGUUCACAGCAUAAGGUUUUAUGUGAUUUUGAUUACAUAUAAUGUUCUCCUUAUCCUGAUAUCUUUUGCCUUUACUUGUAAGCGUUAUAUUACAUUGAUCUGCCAUCCUUACAGUGGCAUGUUACUGGUGUUCAAGUUACCUCUGAAUUUAUCCUUUUAUACAUGUAGUUGCAAAAUAAAAGAGAUGUUUAUAUUAUAUGAAA